UAUAUUUAGUUUAUUAUGGUUUGGUUCGGUGCAAUACGGUAUAGACCAAACCGUUGCAUAUGGGAAAGAAAAUUGAACCCGAACCCACGAGUAUCCAAUCCGACCCGACCCCAGUCAAACCGAGUAAAACCCAGUGUUGAUAGGUCUUGGAUCGGGUGACGGUUUUACCGGCUUUAAAACUGGCAGGUUGGGCCCUCUUUCCAUCCGACUCCAACCCACACCCAAAAAUAAAAACAACGUCAUUUUGUAUCUAAAAUGAACAAUAUAAAUUAAUUUAUGGACGUUAUUAAUUAGUCGACAAAGAUAUAUUUGUAGGAACUUUUUUUUUAAUAUUACGAUGUUUAUGUUCGGAGAAGUAAAGCAUAGUUAUAUUCUUAAUUCCACCCAUUUGGAUAUCAGUUUGGUUGGAACAUGUUUGCUCUUUAAAACCUAAUAAGUAUUUUUAUCGAGUAUUUUUUUUUUAAUAGAUGUACAUAUUUGAUUCGAUUUAGAAAAAUCCAAUUUAACGCGAUCUAUUGUCAUCCCUAACUGCACACCCCAGAAGCGAGUAAGCUAAAGUCAAUUCGUUCGUUGCAUGCCCAUAUCCCACCGGUCUCCAUGUCUGACUGUCUGAUGCCUGUCGAAUUGGCGUUGACAUUCUUCUCUGUAUCAUUCAACUCUCUCUACUCUCUACCACAACGACCGAAGCCUAAACCUCGGAGACCGAACAGCUCUCGCAGGAUAUUCGAACACAUGCAGCUGCCAGAUGCAUGCACCUACCUUAAUUACGUGCACGAUCUGGCCAUGCAUGGCAGCCGAUGAACAUGGGAGAUCUAGCUAGCCUUCUAGGGAGUAGUGGAUUGAACUAAUGUUAGUUUGUUAAAUCUCGUAUGGUUGCAAUAAUUCGAAUUGUUGGGAGAGGCUAAUGUACGUGUUGGUGUGACUUGAAUCGGACUAUCAGUCGCUACGACUGGAUUAGUUGGGGGUCUCGCGGUGUAUGGGUUCAAUGUUAGGGUUAGACCCACAUGGAGAAGUACUAUAAAUACUUCUCAUACUCCUCUGUAAUCUGUAAUCUGUAAUCUCCUCGAUAUAGUGAAAAUGGCUCUCUCUCGCCCGUGGACUAGCUAACACACAUCGUGUUAGUGAACCACGUAAAUCGUGUGUCUGUGUUUUUCGAUUCUCGCUUUCGUAUUCUUGCUUUGUCGAUUUUCGAUCCGUAGCAGCGCGUUUAUAACAGUACAGUACUUAACUACGCUUACAGGUCCCUCAAACCAAAGUUAACUUAUGAGAGGUUGAAGUUUGAACAUACCCAUCUUGAGUUUUUGGACAAGUCCGCCAUAUUAUGUGUUUUAAGACAAUGGUUAGUAUGAGGGUUAUGAGGACUUUAUGAACACGUGACCUGGCCAAGGACAAAUGGACUCUUGUACCAAAUCAUAAACCUACUGAUCCUAAUAACUCGAUUUUUUUUUUUCAGCUGCAGUUAUUCUUUUGCAGCUGUAGGAACUACUACAAGUCAUUAUUAAUAUGAUGCUAGGUUUCAUUAGAGCUUCGGGCUAAUCAGUUGAGCGGCCCGUUGGUCUGAUUUGCAGCCGACACAAGCUACUUCCCCGAGGCAUCUGUUCCCCUGUUUGUCUGUCUUCGUUUCUUUCUUUUUCCCUUACCCAACUAAUCAAAUGUUGUCCCAAAAUCAUGAGGUUGUGUGGGAGGGAGGGAAGAGCAAAUCUCAUCUUCUCUUGGUUUAGUUUCCAUUUUGUUUUCAUAUAGUUGUCGAUUUCUCUUUCCAACUUGUCAUUUGAAUAUGGUGAAUAUGGUUGAAUUCCAUUGGCUCUUGUUGAUGUGACUUGAAUCGGACUAUCAGCCGCUACGACUGGUAAUCGGGGGUCUCGCUGGAUUAGGUUUAGACCCACAUGGAGAAGUACUAUAAAUAUUUCUCAUACUUCUCUGUAAUCUGUAAUCUCCUCGAUAUAGUGAAACUGACUCUCUCUCUCGCCCGUGGACGUAGCUAACACACAUCGUGUUAGUGAACCACGUAAAUCGUGUGUCGUGUUUUUUCGAUUCUCGCUUUCGUUUUCUUGCUUUGUCGAUUCCGGCGAUUUCCCGAUCCGUAGCAGCGCGUUUAUAACAGCUCUUCUGUUAGAUGUAGGUCGGAAUUGGGUCAAUAAAGGUUUCGCCUCCAAGAUUGUCUUUCAUUUUAAUGGUAGUCACUAAAACAUUAUUUUUGUUAUUGGACAAUUCAAGUACCACAUCGAAAAUAAAAUACAGUGGAAGAGACCCCUUCACCCUUAUAUAUUAGUGUCCAUCAACCUCAUUAGUGCGAGACUUCUUGGGGGAAGGAACCCAAAAGUAAAAUCGUGCAGACCUGACCGAAAACAAUCAAUAUCGUCGUACUAUGGUACUAUUCGAUUUCAGCAGGUACGUACUUUCAAAUCUCUUCCGCCGACGACAAGUUAUUGAAAUUAUCCAACUUCAACUACUAGGAUAAAUUGAGGAUGCAUUUAUGCCAAGAACUAUCAUAUAACACUUCUUUCAUAUCUCUCCAACUCAAGGACAUCUCUUACUCCAAAAGCCUCUUAGAAGAAGGGGGAAAACCCCCCCAUUAUUUGAGGAUAGUAUUGAAGACCCACAACAUUAUCCUCCUCCACAUCAGCAUAUAUGUACUAUAUAUCUUGGAUUUUUGUUUCCAAAUGGGCAAAAUGUUGGUGGAGGAGAGGAGACUCUCAACUAUAUAAAACAUAACGUGGGUGAUGAAUUGUAUGUGUGUGUGUUUGUCAAUGUCGAACAGUGACCCAAGAAUCAAUACAGUUGUAGGAUAUGU